AUGUUGAUCACAGUACUAGUAUUCAUCUUAGGCAGCUGCGUUGCCGUUCUGCUCGUGCGCGAUUAUCAAUCGAAGCAAACGGAUGGGUAUCGGGCCGCUCAGCUCUAUCCCGGAGGAAGAAUCGUACCGGUGCUGGGCAACUUAUUAGAACUUUUGUUCAAAAAUCCCGUUCAAACAUUUGCUUAUGCUCGUGAGAAUGCACACCGCUAUGGGGCCUCCUAUCGACAGUGGAUCGAUGGCAAAGUAAUACUGAACAUUACACGCGUUAAGGAAGCGGAAAAGAUCCUCUCCAGUGCACAGCACACCCGCAAAAGCAUCCUGUACAAGUUUCUUCAUCCGCUCAUGGGUGAUGGAUUGCUUUGCAGCAAGGGUUCCAAGUGGCAGCAGCGACGCCGCAUAUUGACACCGGCAUUCCACUUCAACAUACUGCCCAAAUUUCUAACCAUCUUCCAGGAGGAAAGUGAAAAACUCGUGCGCCAGCUGGAUCACCAAGCGGAUGGAAGGCAGGAGAUUGUGCUGCAGUCCAUUGUGACAAGCUUCGCACUGCACACCAUUUGUGAAACGGCCAUGGGCGUGAAGCUCGAUGCGUACAACGAAGCGGAUGAGUACAAGCAAAAGGUGUACGAAGUUGGUGAAAUGUUGGUCCAUCGUACCAUGUCGCCCUGGUUGUACAGCGAUCGAGUAUACCGGCUAUUGGGUUACGAUCGACCACUAGCCGAGUCAUUAAAACCCAUUCAUCACUUCACGCGCAGCAUCAUUCGCCAGCGUCGGGAAAACUUUCAAGCUCAGGCACAGCUCGUCGAUUCCAGCAGCGAGGAAAACAUGUACUUUGGCAGCAAACAUCGGUACGCCAUGCUAGACACUCUACUUGCCGCCGAAGCGAAGCAACAGAUCGACGAAGAAGGCAUCCGGGAAGAGGUGGAUACGUUCAUGUUCGAAGGACACGACACAACGGCUGCCGCGAUCAUGUUUACGCUAGUGCUACUAGCGAUCGAACAGGACGCGCAGGAACGUUGCUUCAGGGAGCUGGAAGAAUUACUAGAACGCGUGGCUACGGGGACCGUCCCUCUUUCGGUGCAGGAUUACCAGAACCUUCCGUAUCUGGAUCGUGUGAUAAAGGAGUCGCUAAGGUUGUAUCCACCGGUUGCUUUCAUUUCACGCGCUACCUCCGGUGAACUGGCUGUGGAUGGGACAACCUUCCCGCAUAACACAAUCACGCACGUCCACAUAUACGAUCUACAUCGGGAUCCGGCACAGUUUCCCGACCCGGACCGCUUCGAACCCGAUCGUUUCCUACCGGACGUGGCGGAAAAGCGCAACCCUUACGCGUACGUACCGUUCAGCGCUGGACCAAGGAACUGCAUCGGGCAGAAGUUUGCUCAACUCGAAAUCAAAACGGUUCUGGUGGCGCUGUUGCGCCGCUUUCGCCUGAUGCCGGUAACGAAGCGUGAAGAGAUUGUGUUCAUGGCCGAUCUUGUACUUCGCGCUAAAACUCCGCUGAAGGUGCGUUUAGUAAGAAGAUAG